GGCGGCCAGCCGCCUCUCCUCGUGGAGCGCCGGGCCAAAGGCAAGCGGGUGACGGUCAUCAGCGGCGUAAGGGGCAAUGCCCGGGCACUCUGCACCGCGCUGACGACUCUGCUGGGUGUCGGUGGGACCGUGCACGCCAAGGGUGCGCUGGCAGACGUGGAAGUGCAAGGAGAGCAGGUGGAGCGUGUGGCGCAGGCCCUGACCCAGCUGGGCUGCCUUCGAGGUCCUACCGGCGCCAAAGCCCCGGCACCAGCCACCGUUGUGGAACGCGGCUGUGGCUAUGAUGCCUUCCUCAAGGAGGAGGAGGGGACACGCAAGGAGCGGAAGGAGCGACACCGCGCAGGACCCACCCUGGAACCUCCGGAGCCCCCAGAGGACGCUCCCUGCCGAGCCUGGCACGGGUACUGGAUCUGCUGCUCCGGCCACUGCGAUCGCACACCCUCCUCCUUGGACGUCUGGGACCUGGAGUCCUUGGACCCCUUCCUGGAGCACGAGAGGUUCGUUCCGGUCCGGGCUGCGCCAGCUGCGGCCGGCGCGAAGACCCUAAGCGGAUUGCAACGCCUUGGCAUGGCCGCCGAAGUGGGAGUGGCCGUCCUGUCGUACCGCGAGGAGCUUGCGCAAGAAGCGGCGCGCCGAGCCGCCCCAAAGGCUUCCCUCUGCGCCCAGACGGCGUCGGUGGAGCUCCGCGAGAGGGAUCCCCUG